CAGGCGCUGGGAGGAGGAAAUUCCCAUUGCCAGGGACGAGAUUUCUAUGGUUUGGGUAUAUGGCAUUUCCUGUCAGUGUAAAUAGACUGUCGAGGUGAUUUGGCUGCUGGACAAUGCAUGAUUGUUUUAAACUAAAAACAAAACGGCAUCAAAGAAAAUAUUCUCUAUGCAAGAACCAUUUUUUAGAACAAAUGAAUGCGGCGGCGGGUAGGUCAUUGUGUUAGCCAGCUAACAUGGACCUGGGAUCAAUGUUGUACAACAAUUUAAAAGAUGUUGCAUGGAGCACGACGACUCUGUCCCUGGAUCGACUUGUCAGUGCCUACAGACUGCCACAAAUUGUGAAACUGGAUGGUGGCCAGACUGUGGAAGGAUUGCGUGAAAAUGACUACCUCUUGAUUCACUCAUGUCGACAGUGGACCACAAUCACUGCCCAUAGCCUGGAGGAAGGCCAUUAUGUCAUCGGUCCCAAAAUCGAGAUCCCGGUCCAUUACGAGGGCCAAUUUAAGUUACUUGAACAGGACCGCGACAUCAAGGAACCUGUGCAGUACUUUAACAGCGUGGAGGAAGUGGCCAAGGCUUUUCCCGAGCGGGUUUACGUGAUGGAGGAAAUCACUUUCAAUGUCAAGAUGGCCUCAGGUGAGUGUAAUGAGGACACAGAGGUUUACAACAUCACCCUGAGCACGGGCGACGAGCUGACGCUCAUGGGUCAGGCCGAAAUCCUGUACACCAAGACGGCCAAGGAGAAGUCGCGCUUCAACACCAUCCUCAAGCGCAUCGGCAAGCUCAACUCGCUGGGCAAGCUGGGCCGCGGCAAGAUGCCGUGUCUCAUCUGCAUGAACCACCGCACCAACGAGAGCAUCAGCCUGCCCUUCCAGUGCAAGGGCCGCUUCAGCACGUGCUCGCCGCUGGAGCUGCAGAUGCAAGAGGGCGAGCACACCAUCCGCACUAUCGUGGAGAAGACGCGGCUGCCGGUCAACGUGACGGUGCCCAGCAGCCCGCCACGCAACCAGCACGACCUGCACCUGAUCCGCGAGGGCCACCGCUACAAACUGGUCAACAUCCAGACCAAGACGGUGGUGGUGUGCUGCGCGCUGCGCACCAACAAGGUGCUGCCCGUGCACUUCCCGCUGCACGUGGCCACGCUGCCGCGCCUGCUGCUGCCCGAGGGCCUGCUGCACGGCGAGCCGUGGCUGGAGACGGUGGUGCACCGCUGGUUCACCUUCUGCCAGGAGCAGUUCGACAUCGACGACUACUCGCGGGCGGUGCGUGACGUGCGUGUGGACUGGAGCGAGGAGGGCAAGAGCCCCAAGAAGGGCGGGGGCGGGGUGGGUGGGACCGGAGGGGGUGGUGGUGGUGGUGGUGGCGGAGGCGGAGGCGGAGGCGGAGGCGGAGGAGUCGGAGUGGGCGGCAGCAACGGCUGCCCGGGCCAUGUGCACCUGCCCAGCUCGCUGAGCUCGGCCCGCGACGAGCUGACCCAGUCCUUCCACCGGCUCUCCGUCUGCGUCUACGGCAGCAACCUGCACGGCAACAGCGAGGUCAACCUGCAGGGCUGCGUGAGCCUGUGCGGCGAGUACGCGCCGCCAGCAGCGCCCGUGCCCAGUCCCGAGACGGACUACCUGCUGCCUGAGCUGACCGAGAGCAGCCCAAGUGGGACCAACUCUCUCAAGCCCGACGUGCCCUACGAAGAGCUGUGGCUCGACCACAUGAAGAACCAGGCGCCAUGCUCGUCUGCGCUAACACUAACAGACCACGGCAAGCCCGUUGUAAGGAGCAACAUGACACCCGUGCUACAGUACCCAGUCAGCAUCCCUGCCUGCCCCCUGUUAAGCUCGGACCUCAGUCUACCUCCACCGCCGGUGCCUCCCAAAUCUGAAGCUGUGAAGGAGGAGUGCCGGCUCCUGAACGCCCCGCCCAUCCCUCCACGGAGCUCCAAGCAGGCAGGCGUGCCCUCGUGUUCCACCCCAGUAGCCGCUGCUGCGCCGCUCCCCCUGGUCAAACCCCGACAGCAGGACACCCGUUCGCCCAGCCCCACCCUCUCCUACUACUCCUCUGGCCUUCACAACAUAAGCGGUGAGAAGGAGGCGUGCGACUCAGAUGAGCCGAGCCAGCCAUGCUACCCGUGCCCCUGGCUGCGUGCGGGUGGUGAAGGCUCGACCGGUAGCAGCACCAGCGCCCGUCUGUGCCCCUCGCCCCUGGACGGCACGCCAUCCCGCCUGUCGUGGCCCAACGACUUUAGCGGCGCAGACUCGGGCGACUUUGCUUCCAUCCACUGCCGCAGUUACUCCAGCUAUCCGCGCAAGCGCACCCCCGGCACGCCCAAGGCCUCCACCUCUGGCCCGUUUGACUUUGAGGGGACCCACAGGGGUGGAGGUGGAGAUGGGGCAGGCAGGGGGAUAGCGUCCUCCUCCAAAUCCCCGCUGCAGUCCCACCCAGGUCAGUUCCACACCAAGUCCACCAGCUACACGCUGGAAGUGUCCAGAGACAAACCCAUUGAGGAGUGCGAUGCCAAGCAGAGCCAAUCCUGCCCCAUCUUGCCGCCGAGGACACCCAAGCCAAGCGACGCAGGGAAGGACACAGACACAGCUGCUGUCGCCAUGACAACGGCAGUGAUGGCGGCGGUGGUAGCGGCAACAGCAGUGGUGCCUGACACUACAGAACUGGUGGACUCUGCCUCUAAGAGCUCUUUUGAACAACAACCGCAACAACAGCAGGAGCAGCAGUCUGCCACCGCACCCGAGGUAUUCACCAUCUCGUACCCGCACACAGACACGUCAGGCUCGACGUGGAAUCCGCCCAUCGACCUGUCAGGACUGUCCAUCGAGGAAGUGUCGCGCUCGCUGUACUUCAUAGGACUGUCAGAAGAUGUGGUGGCCCUGUUUGUGCGCGAGAAGAUCGACGGCAACCUCCUCCUGCAGCUGACGGAGGAGAUCCUCUCAGAGGACUUUAAGCUAACUAAGCUGCAGGUAAAGAAACUGUUGCAAUUUAUUGGUGGCUGGAGGCCCAAAAUGUAGUAAUAUUCAUCAUAAUAAUAAUAAUAAUAAUAAUAAUAAUAAUAAAAAAAAAAAAAACAAACCUGAUCAAAAAAAUUAAAACAAAUCUAGUCUGUGCAAGGCACACAACUGACGGUACCUUGGCCUUGUGUAUUGCUCUAGACAGUUUUGUAACUGAACACUAUGCACAUUCAAUGGCCUUACAGUGGUGGCCAUUUUGUUUGUCUAAUAUACAUGCAUAUAUUAUGUGUAUAUGUAUGUGUGUGUG